UUCAGUAAUGCACAAACCAGCAGCCCUACAGGACCUACACACCCCAACAUUGCCAAAAAUUGCAAUGCUUUCCAUACUGUUGUCAGCGGCGACGGAUGUUGGGCAGUGGAAACCAAAUAUGGGAUCUCGCACGCUAACUUUAUCAAAUGGAACCCUGAUGUUUCUGACGACUGUUUGACCAACUUCUGGCUUGGUUCGUCAUACUGUGUCGGAGUUGGUGCACUCCCGAGUUCCAGCAUCAGGAGUAGCUCUGCGAGUAGGCCAGUUACGAGUUCCAGUAUCAGGAGCGGCUCUUCCAGUACCUCAGCAGUAAAGUCUUCUAGUACACGGAAGCCUGUUACUCCUACUGCCCCGUACUCUAUUCGAGAGCCGGUACACACAUGGAAUAUCUCAAGCACUACGGUGGAGACUGCCUUUCCACCGAAGAAGACACAAGCAGGACAGGUUUCGUACUGCAACAACUGGCAUCUGGUGUCAGCUGGAGAAACAUGUCAGCAAAUCGUCGGUGCAGCUACUCGAGCAACAAUGGCACAGUUUCUUGACUGGAACCCAGCCCUAGAUAGUGACUGCUCUGGACUCUAUGAUGGCUGGUGGGUGUGUAUUGGCAUCCAGCCGCAGUCCAUGACGGUGACGUUCGACUACACCACUACCGCCGCUCCUGUGGAAGUUCCCGAGCCCACGGCAUAUACGCCAACAACAUACCAGGAUGCAGACUCCAGCUUCGUAGCUUCACCAACCCAAGCAGGCCUUGCCUCCAACUGCAAGGCUUUCCAUCAAGCAAAAGAUGGAGAAACUUGCAGGCAGGUACUUCAGUAUGGUCUCGUUUCGCAACAGCAGUUCUUUGCUUGGAACCCUGCGCUGAAUGGCAACUGCGAUGGCUUGUGGUUGAACUACUACUACUGUGUGGUAGCUGGAGACGCUCUACCUGCACCUCCUGUGGAAACAAAACGGCCUUCUUCGGUACCCCAAAACCAAAUUAGUACCUGCAAUACAUGGUACAAAGCAGAUGGCUCUGAGACCUGUGACGAGAUUGUAAGUAUGUAUGGCCGGUUCUCGAAAAAUGACUUGAUCAAAUGGAACCCUACUGUCGGAACAAACUGUGGGGGUAUAGCUGCAAACCAGUAUCUCUGCAUCGGUAUUCCUGGAACACCGACUACUCGUACAACCGGUGUACCGAGUACCACUGCUCCCCCCUCUGAAAUGCCUACACAGAGUGGCAUGGUGGAUAAUUGUAGUGAUUUCUGGCUUGUCUCUCGAUCGGAUACAUGCGCUUCAAUUGCUAGCAAAAAGGGAUCUACAGAGCUUCAGCUCUUGACCUGGAAUCCAGCACUAGGCACCUCCAAGUGUACGAACCUUACACCAAACUUUUACAUUUGUGUUGGCGUCGCGAGUGGAAGUGUGACUACUACGAAGCCUACGACUUCCAACUCC